GGUUGCUGCUGCUGCUCCCAUGUUUCAAUACUUUUUCUCUGUUGACAUGAUUAGACUGAAGUGUUAUUUUGUAAGCUUCUUCGUUAUCGUAUAAAAAGUGAGACGCAAUGAGAGUCAAGGAAAGAUUAACAAACACUCUAGGUUGCUUGAUGCAGCCGAAUGCUGAAGUUGAAGAUGACACCGUACUUAUCAAACUACACACUGCAUUAGAAACAAUAUUGAGCAGUUUCGACCAUGAAUGUGGUUUAAAAUGGUGCCAGGCAACUAGCCUGCUGGACUUCAUCAGCUGGAGCUUCUCCCACCACCAGAGUGGUUGCAAUGCUGCCACUCUGGCCUUGGCUCUCAAGUGCACUGCGUCCAUGGCCAAAAAUGAACUGGGCUUCAAAGCUCUUGAAGAAUCAAAGAUAAUAGAGGGUUUGUUGAGGCUUAUUCCAUCAUCACAAGAAAACAAUGGUGCCCCCAACAGCCUGCAUGAUGGCGCCCCGAGCCCUGUCAUUGACCACAAACACAUUCCAAACUUAAACACAAUGAACAGCUCAGUUCUUCAUGCCCUCCUCACUGUUGUACUGGAAAUGCUUGAGAACCAAGCAGGUCAUUCAUGGAUCAUUUCUCACAACUUGAGGGACAAGUUGCUGCUCCCCAGUCUGUCAUAUCCCAGCGUCUUCGUGCAGCGUGCAGCAUCUGCUGCCCUCACAAUAUUACUGAGGUCUUCUCAAUAUCAGUGCGAAGGGACAAUUGCUGCGCUGACUGCGGCACAUACUUCGGGGGCUUUGCAUUUGAAAUCUUCAGAAUUUCUAAAUUUUUAUGUCAAAGUUCUUGAUGACAUUCCUUUUGGAGAGUGUGAAGCUUGGCUGCUUGAGGCAGUUUCUAGCCUGCGUUUGGAUAUAACAAAACAUACCAUCCCUGCUUCUAACCUCUCUGGCGAACAGAAGACGUUUGACCUUAAAUUUCUACAGUUAGUCCAUGAGCACGUGGGCCGAGUACCGCAUGGUGAUGAUGCUGACCACAGUCUAGGUUCUUUCUUAAAACUUGUCGUCACGAGAGGAAAAGCUCUUUCUCCAAGCUGCUGGGUUCGCACCCUGAAACUCACCGGCAGAUGGCACAACGCUCUAGCCCAGCGCGGUCACAACACGCAGCUCUGUGACGCGUUCGCCUGCCUCACUCUCCAUGUCUUGCUUCUGCCUGUGCUGAGAGUUUUAGAAAAUACCGAGAGCUUUGAAAACUCAACAAUUAUUGAAGACUCAAGAAGUUUUGUUAAUGGAGAAAGUAAUGACGACUUGGACAGCUGCAGCUCGGCACACACCAAGUCCGUCAUGAGGCUGCUGAGGUCCUGCGACAGCUCCUCCUGUGCCCAGGAGGAGCUCCGAACUCUCCAUAGUUGGAUCAAACAAGAAGAAAAGACCGUCACCGACGACGCUGGAGUUUGGAGCUCAGCUUCUGCGUUCAGAUUGCGCCUUGCAGCGUCUGCCUUACCAAACAUUUCUUCCCAGGAAUGUAUAGAUCGCCUGGCGAGGCUAGGAGUCGCCUCUCUAAGGUCCCUGGACCGCUGCGCUGUCAUAGCAGGUGUCGCUGUGGCGCCUGACGAAGGCGCGGUGCUGGCGAGCGUGGCUCUUAUACGCGCGCUUGUUAAAAAACAUAUGGAGCUCGUUGAGCUUGCUACCGUCAUGCCGCUCUUCAGCAACAUCUUCCUCCGUCCAUCCAACACUAGACAGCGCGCCGUCGCCAUCUUGGACUGUCUGCUGCAGUUCAUGUCAGAGUCCGAAGACCUGCUCCCUGAUGCGGCCUGCGUCAGGAAUAUGGUGGAGGUUGGCUUGUGUCACGCAGCGUGGGAGGUGCGAGAUUCUGCUCUUCGAUUGCUCUUCCCUGCUCUUCCUUACCAGAAGUACCGCACGGAGUUGUUCUCAGGCUGCAUACAGCGCAGUACGGAAGCACUGCUGGACUGCACGGAGAGCUUCGUGCAGUGUACGGCUGCUCAGCUGCUGAUGGAGGCUAAGGACUACGACAUGGAGGGGUGGGACUGGGUCGCGGCGCACGACUGGUGCAUGCGCGUGUGCUGCAGUAGCGCCGUCCUCGAGGGCUGCGACGACGACGCUGUUGUGGCCGCUGCGCUGCGUCUGCUGGGCGCUAUCCACUGCCGCAGCAUGUAA